GCUCAUAAAUAGUCCUUAUAAAAACUUUCUUAACAGAUUUAUCCAACUGGAUACAUAAGUUUAUACUAUAUAUAUAGUGGUACAUUUAUUUACAAAUAUUAAAAAGUGAGAAAGAACUUAACAUUUUUCUUUGAAUAUGAGGAAUAAAGAAGUUGUCUCUUAUCAACAAGAACGUGAUUAUAUUGAUGAUUGUUUACGUCAUGUUGGAAGUAAACAGCAUUUAUUUUAUGAAACACAUAUUUGUACAAUAUUUCGUGUGAAUGCUGGCCCAGCAGAACAUUUUUCUGAAACAAGAGCAUUAUAUCUAUUACAAAAAUAUCGUCGUAAACGACAAUCUCAUUGUACUGGAAGUUUAUUAGAAGAUCGUAUUAGUUUUGAACGAAAUAAAGCAUCUGGUAAGAUACCAUUUCGUCCAUGGGUAACAUAUAAAGAAAUUAAAGAAUUAUACAUAAAUAGAGCUACUCCACAUUUUUUUGUACUAUGUAUUGAUUCUAUGUAUAGUUCUAUGAGAUAUUAUGAAAUAUAUAAGUGUAAAAUCCCUGAAACAGCACAAACCGUUUGUGAAUAUCUUAGACGAGCAAUGAAUGAUACAGAUAAAGUAUUACGUGAUUUAACAUCUAUUCGACAAGUUUACGUUGAUGAUGUGGGUCGUGUACGUUCAGUAAGUAAUUUUGAAGUUGAAAACAAUCGUGCAACAAUUUCAAUACCUGAGAAUAAUCAAAAUUAUUAUACACAUAAUAAUAUUAGCCCUGUUUAUUUACCAUCACCAGUUAUGGUUUCACCAGUUAAACAAAGUUAUAGUCCAUCACUUAAUGCCAGUGCUAAACGUCGAACUAUUGACAGUUUACAUGAUGUAACUUAUCUCACUUAUGAUCCACACAAAGGUAUAAUAACCAACAGAUAUGGUCCAGUCUAUUUAUAUUUGUAUAGACCAAAAAGUCAAGGAACUUUGGGAAAUAAUUCUAUUUACUCAGAUAGACGAAGUAGUUAUAGUUAUGGAAAUGAAGAUCAUCAUAGAAACUCACCAUACAGGUAUUAA